AUGGAUAUUUCAAACAACCAUGGGUUCCCUUCAAUAGACGAGGCUUUGUUGACUAAAAUCGUGGAUUUUAUUCAUCCUCGUGACCGUUGUUUGUUCCAACUCACUAAUUUAGGUGAAGAAACUGAAUUUUUAAAGGAAUUAUCAAAAAAUGAUUUUAAAAUUCAUCUUAUAAACAAGGAAUUUGAAGUUGGUGAGGAUGAAUUGGAACACUUUUAUAAAAGGAUUGAGUCCUUGAGCUUUUUAAAUUCUUCCCUGGAUAAGUUUUUGACUGAAAGAAAUGACAAUCGUUACUCAAAAUUUAUGGAUACAACAUUUUACACAAGUUUCUCCAAUGAAUUUGAGAAAACUGUUUCUAAAAAUCUUACGGAAACGCGGAAAUAUUUCGAUGAGUAUAAAAAUUCAACAUUACAAAAUUAUACAAAAAUAUUAACAGGAUAUAAACGAUUGAAUAGUCUUAAGAGCUAUGUUCCUUUUUUACAACAUUUUAAAGAAAUGUAUCUAAUUAGCGAAUAUUCAAAGAAAGUUAAUGUUCCAGUGAUUUAUCGGAUAUUAUCCUGUGUUUGGGGGAUUAAUAAAGCUAAUAAGGUAUCUGAGAGUGAUUCCAGAGUUCUUGAAACUUUCUUUUUCAACUUUCUUAAGGACCAGUUUUCCAGGAGCAUUGAUAAGUUUUUGACUAAUAUUUUUGUAAAGAAUCAAUAUAGCUAUGACGCUUGUGAUAAGCUCCUGAUAUUGCUUAUACUUGGUCAAAGUAGCGAAAAAUCUUGCGAUUACGUGAUCAAAUUUUUAAAGAACGAACUCCUUUGCAUAACUUCAUUAACCAUUCAAAAGUAUUUGGUACUCGAAGAAGAUGUGGAUAAAAUUAAUAGAUAUGGAUUUAGGAAGAAUGAUGUUGCAACACAGUCAUGCCUAAUUUGUCCAAAUUUAUAUCUGGUAGUGAUCUGUAAGAUAUUAUCUGAGUAUAUGUCUUUUUUUCAAAAUUUGACUUCUAAUCUAAAUUAUGAAUCGAAAAUCAUGAAACCAAGUAACUCUAAAGGAGUAAACACAUAUAUAACUAGGUUAAAUAUUUUUCUAAAAUCCUUUGAUAGGGUUGAUUACUACUUGUAUUAUAGAAAAUCCUUGGAUUUGUUCGUUAGUAAAUUGACUUUGUUGGCUGAUUACACUUUUGACAUUUUAUCCAAGGUCCUAUCUGGCUUUAAUUUUAACUCUAUUCAUGACAGUAAUGAUGUUUUAAAGAUUUUGUUGCUAAUUUUGUACUAUAAAGUUUUACAGACAGAUUUAAAAGGUUCCGGUAAUAAAACUGAAGAAAAUUCAAUUUAUAAACACGUUGGUUUAGACGCUGAACUUUCUGAGAUACUCGAUAAAUUUUGCUCUAAAAAUUUAGCAUUUGUCCAAGAAUAUGAAUGCAAAGACUCUUCGAGCGGGUUGGAAGGGUUGGAAAGGGUUAUCUCUACUAUUGUGUUGGACUAUGUUGGGAAAUUAACAUCUGAAUCCUUGGAUAAUAUAUCAAUUUCAAUGGUUAGUGAUAAACUGGAGAGAAUUGUGAUAAAUCCCUUUCCUCUCAAAAGCUUUAAAAUGGACUAUUUUUGUAGAAUAUUUAAGAAUUUUAUAAAUAAUGGCAACUUCAUCAGUUUCGGUGAAUUUAAAUUCACUUCUCAGAACCCUUAUUUGGGCUGGACUCCAAAUUUAAACUUUGCUACAGUAAACGUUUCCCAAUUAAACAAUUUAUCAAAUUAUUCUCCCGGUGAUGAAAAUAAAGCCAGACUAUUUAAAGACUAUGGAGGAGUUUAUACUGUUACCUCUAAAGUUGUGUUAAAUUCAUAUGAGAAGUACCUCAAACUGAUGUUUUUGAACCAGAGAAGUUGUGUGGAUGUAGCAAUGAAUUUAACUAGGGUUAUAGACGAAUUUAUUUAUAAUAAUGUGUAUUCAUGUGGGUUAGAUUAUUGUGUAAUCGAAAACCUUAAGAAAUUUAAAAAGGUGUUGAACUUUCAAGGUAAAUUUUCUGAAAGGUUGAACGGGGUUGGUAUCUGCGAUACAUUCAGGCAAGAGAAUUUUGAACCUUAUGACGUGCCUAUCUCGUCUAGAACAUUUUCGGAAUCAACUAAGUCAACCUCCGACUUGAACCGGCUAUCUCAAGUUGUGAAUUCAGUGGAAUCUUCCUAUACUAUACUGGAAUCACUAAUUCCGUUAAUUAGUCAAAAUAGUGACAAAUUCCCAGAAUUCUGUAAAUAUCUCACUGAUUACUAUAAUGAAAGGAACGAGGUUGUUUCUGAGCUCAGGGUGAUGCUAUACCAUAUAGCAACUUACAACCUUCUGAGGCCUAAAAUUCCUAGCGUUAAGUUACUCGAGGCUUUAAACGAUAAUGAACCUUUACACACUGAUUUAGAUCAAAUGUUUGCAGAUUUCAACAAUCAUUUGUUAUUUUUAAAGGAAUUUAUUGAAUCGGCUGAUUCAGGGUCAUUUCCGAUAAUGGUAUGUGUGUUUUUAUGGGAUUCCAUAACAAACGUUUUAAAGGACACCUUUAAACCAAUUUUUAAUUUGAUAAAUAAAUGUUCAAAUUCUGACCUGGAAAAGGAAAUGAGUAAAAGAUAUUCUGAAAAUCUCAAAUUAUCGAACUUGAUCCGUGCCAAGUAUGUGGACCGGGUCAAAACCGACUACAAUAGCCAUAGGGAUGAAAUUGCAAAUAUGAGCACAUAUUAUAGUCUAGUAGAUAAAUUGAUUUGUAGUUUAAAAUGA